UUGCUUCCCGGAGCGGUUUGCAAGCGGACGGCGUGAGAGGAGGAACUCGCAGAGGUAAUUCGGCAGCACUGCCGACCCGUCGACGCCCGCAGCAACGGUUUGGCGGGACAGAUGCGGCCCUUGGACGUCGUCGAGCUGGCAGAGCCGGAGGAGGUGGAGGUGCUGGAACCCGAGGAGGAUUUCGAGCAGUUCCUGCUGCCCGUCAUCAACGAGAUGCGGGAGGACAUCGCGGCGCUGACCCGGGAGCACGGCCGGGCGUACAUGCGGAACCGGAGCAAGCUGUGGGAGAUGGACAAUAUGCUCAUCCAAAUCAAAACGCAGGUGGAGGCCUCGGAGGAGAGCGCCCUGAACCAUCUUCAGAAUCCCGACGAUGGAGUCGAGGGCAGAGGGACCAAACGGUGCGAGAAGGCGGAGGAGAAGGCCAAGGAGAUCGCGAAGAUGGCAGAGAUGUUGGUGGAGCUGGUCCGGCGGAUAGAGAGAAGCGAAUCGUCGUGAAGGAGGGCGGGCGGUUGUAGAAAUCUGGGACUCAGUGUCUUGAUGGCAAAUUUCUGCCAAUUGUGCGUCGGGUUCACAGCUCAUGGACUCUGGUCACCUGGUAAGGCUGGGCUGACAACUCGAGGAAACUGAAACAGCUUGUUGUUUAUUCUGGUUUUGUUUGUUUUUUAUCCGUGUGUAACGGUCUCCCCUAGGGUCAAUGGUUAUGUAUCCGCACCAGAGGAGAAUGUGUCUCCUGGGUGCACAGCAAGCCAGUAAAAAACUGACAUAGAGCUUUUGCAGUGAAGAAGGAAGGAUAGGCUGUUUAUAGGUAUGACACCACCUAGGAGAAUGGGGACCGCAUGCUCCAAGUGCCAAACUGCCCAAUGGCUUACAGGUGAGGGUUUUGGUUUUUGUUUUAAGUAGGCACCAUGCCCAGUGUGGGGCUUGAACUUAGGACCCUGAGAUCAAGAGUCGUGGGUUCUACUGACUGAGCCAGCCAGGCACCUCCCCCUCCCACCCCGACCCAAGUGAGGGUUUUUAAGGGCGAAAUUUGGGGCAGGAGGCCCCUGAGAGCUGUAGAUUGGAGGUGAAGUCGUUAACACGUGUUACUUAGUUAUUUCUGCUGCCCCUUGGUGUGGUCUCAAGGAACUGUGUUUUAUGUUGAGAGACUUGGAAUCUGAAAAAUAUCUCUAUUUCUUAUGUUAGAGAUUUCAUUAGGUACAUCUGAUGAUUAUGUUGACCAGCUGCUUGUAGCAGCCUAAACUAACUGCUUGUACGUGCACAAGCUGGGGGUGGGGGGGGGUCGCAUUCCUUCACAUUCCUUUGAAUGAUAUGCAGGCACUCCUGUCUCUUGGGCCUGGGUCUGCAUGUUUCCUGGCCGGUCCAGCCGUGCCUGGGGACAGUAAGAUCUCCAGAAUUCGUUCUUUCGUCUGAACUAACACGAUGGAUGCCGGCUUGAGUUGGGUUAGACUGUCCUGAAAAAUAACUUUUGUCCGAGAAAUACUCUUGCAAGGGAAAUGGGGCUUAAUGAAAAGUUGUUUCGGUUGUCACGUUAAAUCACGUUACUUUACCGUGUCUGAAAUGUUGGGGCAUGGCCUUGCACCUUGCUUUUAUCCAUGUGACCUGAUUGUUGUCUGGCACUUGUGUAGACGUGGGACCAGAAUCUUCUACCUUUAGAGGUGCAUGGACGACACUCCUUGGGUGUACCUGGUGACCCGUGUAGGGGUGAGACUGCUGUGGGGAAGACGGAGAAGGAGUCGAAGGCAGUCGUAGAUGGAAGAUGGUUGUGUGUGUAUUCUGGAACUUCACUUCCCGUGGGACCGAGGAGAGCUGUGUUCUGUGGCAUAUUGUCUGGGCUGUGUUGCGCCACCUGCCAGGUGACUUUAUGUAGAUAACCUAGCCGACCCUGAAUGACAAAGACGUUUGGAUAGGGAAUGACGGAGUACCAUCACUGUGGGAAUGCGUGCGUUCUGGAGUAUUGCGUCAAAGAGACCAUCUACAAAGGGUCCGGGGACACUGGAGAAAGGAAAAGGCAUCAUCAGGGCCCAUCUAGUUGAUCAGGAUAGACUCACCAGGACUGGAAGUCAAAAUCAGACAUGCAAUCAAUGUUUGUUUGCCUUGAAAAACAAAGAUCUCUAAACCCCCCCCCCCUUUUUUUUUUUCAAAUAAAUAUGUUGUUCAAAUGA